AUGACUAUUGAUACAGGUGACUCAAUUAUUUUAGCUCAGUUGAAAGCGAAUCUUUUGCAAACUGAGAAACGUUUGAAUGAAGGUAAUCCUGGUAAGAAAGGUGAAGCUCUGAUUGUCAAACCACCCAAUAAAACUCAAUAUAAUGUUGUAGAUAAAUUCUGUUUCAAUGGUGGCUUGAAAGGUCAUCUCAAGAAUGAUUGUGGACGUCGACCAUUCAAUAAUUUCAAUAAUAAUCUCAAUAAUUCAAACAAAAAUCAUAACUACUCAAAUAACAGAAACAACAGAAAUGCUCAAGUUACUAACUUUAGAAAUAACAAUAUUGAUUUCCGUAAACUGAAUGAAGUAGUUGUCACUGAUAGUUAUCCAAUGCCACGGAUUGACGAUAUUCUUGAUAAGUUACACGGUAGGAAAUAUUUCAGUGUUUUUGAUAUCAAAUCAGGGUUUUGGCAUAUUCCAGUGAAUGUAAAUGACAUUCAUAAAACCGCAUUCAUCACUCAAUUCGGACAUUAUGAAUGGUGUGUUAUGCCAUUUGGAUUUAAAAAUGCACCAGCAAUAUUUCAAAGAGCUAUCAGGAACAUUUUAGAAAAAUAUAAACUUAUUAAUUUUUGUCACAAUUAUAUUGAUGAUUUUCCUAUGAUCUUGAAACACAUGUUGAACAUAUUGAAGCCCUCUUAUCAGCCAUGA